AUGUCAGUGCCUCGAUCCGAGCUGAUUCAUCGGAGCAUCCCGUCGAUGGAGCUCAGCUCCGGCUCCGGCACCUCCAAGACCGCCGUCCCCUCGCCCGUCCCUGCCAGCCUGUCGCCCACUGACCGCGCCCUCGCCCGCUUCGCUGUGACCGGCAACGCGCUCGUCGCUGGCGGCGCCGGCGACAUCGGCCUCGCCGCGUGCCGCGCGCUCCUCGAGCACGGCCUCUCGGGCCUCGCCAUCCUUGACCUCUCCUCUUCUGCCGGCGACGCUGCUGUUGCUUCCCUGCGCGCCGGCUUCCCCUCCGCCACCAUCACCUUUCACCGCGUCGACGUCACCUCCGCCUCCGAGGUCGCCGCCGCCAUCUCCGCCGCCGAGGACCGGCUCGGCGGCGCCAUCACCACCUGCUGCAUCUUCGCCGGCAUCGUCGGCUCCGCCCACGCCCUGAACUUGGAGCCUCCACAGUUCCGCACCAUGCUCGACGUCAACGCGACCGGCACCUUUCUCGUCGCGCAGGCGGCGGCGCGCGCGAUGGUGGCGCGGGGCGUGACGGGCAGCGUGGUGCUGACGGCGAGCAUCUCGGGGGCGCACCUGGUCAACUUCCCGCAGCCGCAGGCGCACUACAACGCGGCCAAGGCGGCGGUGCUGGCGCUCAAGAGCUCGCUGGCGGCGGAGUGGGCGCGGCACGGGAUCCGGGUGAACAGCGUGAGUCCGGGGUACGUGGACACGGUGCUGAACGAGGGCGAGGGGCUGGAGGCGCACAGGAGGGAGUGGGCGAGGCGGACGCCGUGGGGGAGGAUGGGCGUGUCGGAGGAGGUGACGGGCGCGGUGGUGCUGCUGGCGAGUCGGGCGGGGAGUUAUAUGACGGGGGCGGAUAUCCUAGUUGACGGAGGGAUUUCGGUUUUUUGA